AUGGAGAAUUCCAAACUCAACCAGCUCUCCAACUUCAAUUGUUACCCCCCGCAUCAGACCGCUCGCACGGCAGUGUUCGAUGUGGAUAGCACUAACGCUUUCUGGGGGAACAGGAGAUUCAUUGAAGGCGCGCAGUUAUUGGAGAUAAAUAUCGAUUUGAAGGAGCGUCGGGAUGGCAAGUGUUUCUCCUCCACCAUGAUAUACGUGACAGACGAAUCUGACGCAGUCAAAAGAGCCAAGCUGGAAACGAAGGACAUCCGCGAAGUAAACUUCAUGAUCCCCGAAGAGAAUGAGAAAAUGGGGAUCAUGAAAAUGUUUGUCUCCAGAAGUGGAAUGAGCGAGAUGUGGCGUGUCCUGCCUGACGCCUGCAGAUCCGAGGCGGGCAUCCUGGAAAGCCAGGGAAUCGAGGGACAUAGCGUUCCAUUUUAUUUCGCCUUCAAAAAGAAUGGCUUUGGAUGCUCGAAGUUUAAAUGCACUCCAAUCCAGCAGUGGAGCGAAUUUGGCUCAAUUUUCUUCCACUUGAAAAAAUGGUACUGCUCGGCACUUGAAACUGCGGGACUCUUGACCAGAGGAAAGCGAAUUGCUGGUCCGAUCGCCGACCCCUUUGAGAUGGAACGUUACCAUGCCGGACUGUUUGGAUGUCACCACUACACUAUUAGUGUCGCCGCAGAUGUUCUCUAA